UGGUAAUACAGUAACUGGAAUUGGAAAGAAAAACAGGGAUGGGGGACCGGACAAUAUUCCAAAUACUUUAAAGCGCUUUAUUCAAACGAUAGCUAAUAAUUCUAUAUAUACUUGCAAUUCCUUUCGAAUGGUUCCUUCGUUCAACUUCAAUUCCGCUCAGACUAAUGGCUGACCCAGAAUUAGAAGCCAUCAGGCAAAGAAGAAUGCAGGAGCUAAUGGCUCAACAUAGCAUGGGAAAUCCAGAUUCUGAACAGCAGAAAAGCCAGGAUGAAGCGAAGAGGGAGGCAGAUGAGCAAAGGCAAAUGAUGCUGAGUCAGAUUUUGACUUCUGAAGCACGGGCGAGACUUGCACGGAUUGCUCUGGUGAAACCGGAAAAGGCCAGAGGAGUUGAGGAUGUUAUACUGAGAGCUGCUCAAAUGGGUCAGAUUGCUGAGAAGGUUUCUGAGGAGAGGCUCAUUUCAUUGCUUGAACAAUUCAACACCCAGACUACUAAAGAAACCAAAGUAACAAUUAGGAGGCGUCCAAGCGUUCUUGAUAAUGAGUAGUCUAUACCAGGUUCUUGCUGCUACUGCUGCCUCAUAUUUGAGGGUAUAGUACUCUGUAAUUUAUACUAGAGGUGUAAUUGCCCUUUAUAAUUUCAUCUACAUGUUUUUAUUACUCAAAACUCCUUCAAAGUUCCUUUUAGAAGUGUGUCAGUUAUCCAGCCAGGUUGUCAACUUGUCAUAUGUGAAGCAAAUUACAAAGAUUACUAUUAAUAAGACCCCUCUUGUAUGGACAUCUGGUCGCACAAAUUGCAUAGUAUCGUAAACAGCUACUCCAGGUAUUACCCAUCCGCCAGGAGAAUUUAUAAA